AUGGCUUCUUGGAGUGUUGAAGACCUUGUGAAAGAAAUCACAGACAUGGAGCUUAUCUCCAAGAUGAACAGAGGUAGUGAACUUCUACCAAAGAUGAAAGAUGCUUUGAAAUGCAAGGUUGAUGCUGCUCAAAUGCUUUCACCAUCAAGUUUUGUCACACUGACCAGCACCUUGCAAAAGAGCGCCUUGCCUGAGGAUAUCAAGAGUGAAUUGGUGACAUGCUUGGAGGAAAAAACUGCAGCUUCAAUUCAGGGGCCAACAAGGCUGCAGACGACACCUCAAAGUAUGACAAUGUCUUUUAACUACCUUGCCAAGAAUGAAUGGCAACAAAUUCUUGAUGGGUGCAAUACCAUCGAUGCUGCUUCCAUUUUGAUCAAAAGGAUGAAGAAGUGUGGGCUGAGAAGCUUGAAGGAAGAUACAAAGAAGCACAUGACAGCCUUUCUUGUCUGCCUCCAAAUGAAUUCCACCAAGACCCUUCCUCCAGCUGCUGAGAUGUACAAACUAUCCCAGUUUGUUCAUGACACCUUCAUUGCCUGUGGUGUUCAACCAUUGCACGGUGGUAUGGCCAAAUAUCCUCCAAGUCCUUUUGACAUUGGAGAGGCACUUUGGUUACAAGUUUUGGUGCAUGCAUUCUUGGAGGCUUGCUAUGAGCCUGACAAUUGGCCUUUGAGAUCACCACCUGACAUUGUGGCAAAUGUGGGCACCAUUGUCAAACAGGUUAAGAUCAGGGUGAACUCCAAAGACCUCAAGAAUGUGCCAACACCUCAGCAGGCUUCAUCUUCAAGCACUAUGGCAGGGGGUCUUAUGAGUAUGCUCAUGGACCAGGCAAAAGCCUUAGAUGCUUUGAAGAGUCAGCAAGUGAACAAUGACCAAAAUGGAUUGCAAUUGGCAAGGUCUUCUUCACAUCAAUCUCUUGAAUCGCCUGAGUCCAAUCCAUCAACCAUAGAUUUGCUUAACAGGAAAGUGUUGCCUGUUGAAUCAAAAGAACCUCUACCUCUUCCUGCACCUUCUGCUGAGCAUGAGACAGAGGGUACUCCUGAGGAGAUUGCUGAAGACAAGGCCAAUGACCAGAAGUCCCUUGAAGAUUAUGAGAUGGAAGCACAUGAUAUGCUUACCAAAAGGCAAGCAAGAGCAAUCGAUGCAGUGAUGAAGAGGCCAGCCUCAAAAGCAGCCUCACAAAAGGCAACACAUGUGCCAAAGAAGAAAAAGAGCAGUUCCAAGGAUGAUGACAUGCCUUCAAAGAAGCUGUCACCUGAGUUCAAGAAAGGAAUCUAUGGAUGCCUGAGGUGCAGGGGCAAUGUCAAAGGGUGCUCUACAUGCUGGGAGCCCUCAUUUCAAGGCCAAAGGUUUUCCAGCAGAUCUGAAUGGAGCUCAUUUGCGCAGAAGAAGUCUUUGAAGGCUAAGAAAAGCAAGUGA